UCACAUUUGUGUCGGCGCGACACUCCAUGUAAAGGGGUGUUAGUAAAAUAUUACAGAAACAUUAAUUAUUAUUAUUAUGUAGGUAUUUUUUAAACCGAAACAAAACCUCUUCCUGCUUUGGUUUUCACACGGAGCGAAAAAGCAGUUGGACACGGCGUGGGAAGGACUCGUAAACAAAACUUCAGUCGAGUAACGUUAGCUCGGUUUUUACUACAACCGAAGUGAAAUAUUAUUCAUAUAUGAUUUAAAGUAAGACAGUAUUUAUCUCAAAGAGAUUAUUAUUUUUGUUGUUUACAGUAUUUCUGCAGAAAUGUUGUAUGGCAGCAUAGCGCGUGACUGUUUCAAAACUAACGCUUGCUAACUUGCUUGUCUCUAGAGCUGUCCAGGAAAAAACAAAACAACAUCCCAGAAUUCAUACCAUGUUAUAACUUUAAAUAGACCUCGUUCGUUCUGUUUUCGAAUCCAUAAAUAUUAGAUCAAUCUGAAUUGUAAAACUCGGUUAAUUUCGAAAUCUGUUCGUAACAGCAUAUCACCUUUGUUGUUGGGUGACUCAGACCUUCAACAGACACACAAGAUGUUGAAGUUUUUCGGAUUCAAGAAUGAUGGAGCCAAAAAAUCUUCUGAGAGAGAAACUGAUGGAUUUGUCAUCAUUGGUGAAACUGUUGAGGAGCAGCGACAGAAGAUUCAGUCCAUUAACAUUGAGCAGCCCACAACAAAUGUAAUAGUACAACCAUCUAAGCCAUCCAGUGCCGGGAUCAGAGGAAUUACAGAGACGACUCAGCCUUCCUCCCAGCCCACGUCUGCCAAGAUGUCCUCAGAAACACACGCAGUAGACGCCACCCCGGCCCUCCCUGAGCUUCUAGGAGACAUACCUUUCACUUUAGCACCACACAUUGUGGCCAUGCAGGCGGGCCUGCCCUUUGGAACCGAUAUCAUCCUGCCUCAUGACAUAAGUGACAAACUAGCUAACUUUUGUUAUGACUUCACCUUGGAGAACUCGGUGCUUUGUGAGCCAUGACUUUUUGCCCAUCGGUUAUAUCACUAAACACAUGGUGAACCAUGAGCCUUUGGUUGUCAAGAUUCUCUUUAACCGUUUGCCUCUUAAAUAAAGGAAGAUCUAGUUUAGCUGACAAAAAUCAGUCACUGACUAAAGGGUGUUGGGCUCAACUGAACAUAUUGUCCUUUUAGUUUAAAUAAAUUAGCAUCAAAAUGGUUUACCAUCUCUCAGGAUCUUGCACUUGAUUGUGAGAUGAGCGUUACUGCCUUGUUUUAACGCAGUAGAUGAGUAUUUAUAAGAUGACCUGCGGCUUUUUACGUUUUCAAAUGUCGUUCAAAUUUUACGGGUGUAAAAUCUGUGCAAUUUUGCAUUUCGACACUGUGGGGUCCUGUAGCAUAAGAUGACAUGCUGAACUGAAAUAGGGUUGUUUGGAAACUGCUAUGUUUCUUAGUAGUUGCAUUGGGCUGUUUGAUGUUUCAGACGUCAUGGUCUGUGUUGGCCUUCCUUAGUGUUUUCUUAUUUCUGCAAAGACUCACUGUAAUUUAUGGAAUCGGUUUUAAGAUCAUUGACUGAAAGCAGUCAUGAUACAUAGGAAAUGUAUUUUAUUGUAAUCUAUCUCUCAAUGAUCUUUAAACAUAUGUAAAAUAAAUAAUUUGGUAAUAGAAGUAUUUAAUUCAAAUUAUAUUUUUAAAAAUAUAUAUUAAAAAUGGCAAUCAUAAUGGCCUUUUGGCUAGUUCACUAUUUACUGUAACUCUUCAUUUAGUACCUAUAAACCUUAAAGGCAAAGCAAAAACGCUCCCUGUCUGCUAUUGGUCAGUCAAACAGAUUGUCCCGCCCUAAACUCUUGCUAUAGGUUGAGUCAGAUGACUGGUUGGGAUGUGCAAACAGAACAAUGUCCUGAUACUGAUGUAGUGUUUCGCACUUUUCAGGGGAAUCAGGAUAGAAUAUAGCUUACUUGUAGUUGUCUCUAAAUAUUAUGCUGGGAUAUGAAGUAUUUUUACAUCACAAAAAUUACACGUAUCACUUUAAGUUACUUAUGAAUGGAUUGCACUUAAAAUCACGAGACAGACAUUGCAGGGCUCAUUAUAAAUAGGCCAAUAUCAUAUCUCUUUCUUUGUAAAAGUGUGCUUUUUUUUCUUCUGUUUUUGUGAAUAUGCAUACCUCGACUGGUGGUGUUUGGUUUUAAUGCAUGUCGUUUUGAAGUUCUGCCUAAACAUGACACACCCCAUUUUGGGAGGCAGAUAUGUAAUCUGAACAAAGCUUGAUUGCAAAAACAUGCACAUGGGUUUUAGUAGGAUUUACUGUUCUGUUUGAAUAGGCCACACAGUUGUUGAACUGUUUUUUCUUGUUUUUCUUUCAUCUGAAUUUCAGUUAAUGGAUGGGUUUGAUCAUAGUGCGUGCUGCUAUUUACACAAUGCACUCAGGAGUUUAGCUGUGUCUCCUUUACAUCCUCUGUACUUUACUUGAUACCACUUCAUAUCUCACUUUUGUUUAUUAAAAAAAUAUUUUAUUAGUCUUUGUCUGUAUGUCCGACAUGGUUAUUUAAUCUAGGCUUCCUCCUUAUGUAUUUGACUGACCUAUCCUUUUCAAAACACUGUACUGAAGUAAUCAAAGUUGUGUUGUGUUUUCUCUAUAAAAAAUCUCUAAAAUAAUUUAAUGCCACUUCUUCAGGUAAAUAUUAUGUUAUAUUACCUUAAUUCCUAUGUUGGAUUCUUUAUCGAUUCAUAUCUGGAACAGAAUUCAUCGUUGGUUUUGAUCCCACAUGAUGUUUAUGCUAAAUUCUGAGCAUGUAAUAUGAUGUUUCAUUAAAAUCUCAUUUGAUAACA